GCGGCCAUGGCGGGUUCGGCCGUGGCGGGUUCGGCCAUGGCGGGGCGGCUGUGGCGGCUCUGUAACCUCGCCAUGGCCGCCUUCUUCGGGCUGGCGGCCGCGGUGCAGGUGAACGACCCCGACGCCGGGCUGUGGACGGUUGUCUACUUAGUGCCAGCUGCCCUGACACUGCUUGUCAGCAUUAACCCUUCAAUAACAGAUAAUGGUGUUUGGAGAAGCCUUUGUGACCUUCAUUCUGCUGGUUGUAUUGUUGGGACCAUUGCCUUGGCUUGCUCUUUGUUUGCUUAUGCUCAAGGAAAUAUUUUGCAUGAAGAGGAAGGCAGAGAGUUGUUUGGUCUGGUGAUUAUUACAAUAUGGAUGAGUCUUUGUCGUAGUUCAGCAAAAAUUUCUCUUCCUGGAAAGCAGAACCCACGCAGCAGCCCAGUGACAGUAAGCAUGUUCCACCAUUACUAAUCCUGAAGAAGGAAGCACAUGUGAAUACACUGGACACACAAGCUGGCUGGGAGAGAGCCAGAACAGGUCCAGAUGCAGCACAGCUACAUGAUCCUUCCAUGUCAGCAGCUCAGUACUGCUGCAGGCUAAUACAGCUGUGCACAUGUAGGUCCCAGCGGGUUUAUCUGCAGCAUUACAUGAUCUCCAUUUCCCCUGGGCUUAGCUUUUCUUGAAGAUUACUUUAGUCUUUUGAAGCAAUGUUAAGAAGACUGCGUUAGGCUACAGGGUGGACUAAUUUUACCAGACAUGAGACAUUACUGACUAUGAUGUUCCAGAAAAAUUAAAAAAAAAACGAAACAAAACAAAAAAAAA